GGAACUUCCUGGACUACCCCCAUUUAACCUGUUCUUUGAUAGGAAUGACACUUUAAUGACGCAUACCGGUGGAAUUUUAAUUGAAAAAAAUCUGCAGGAUUAUGCACGCAUCACGCUGAAGAACUCAUCACAACUCGGGAUGCCGUUGGCCAACGAAACCGAAAGUCUUCUGAGACCACAACAGACAAAAUGGCGAUAUCGGAAGAUGUUUGUCAUUGUGAUUUUCUUGGUCCUGUUAUGUGUCGUUGCCAGUCUUACCUUUGGCUGCAUAUACUGGAUAAAAACUUUCAACAACAAAAUCAAUGUUGUUCAUUUAAAAGAUAAACUGCCCAGUUCGUUUGGAGUUUCGUUUAACAUUCAAGCUGAAAAUUCGUCUCUUCUUACGAGUACAAAGGACGUCACUGUCAGAUGGGAAAAAGAGCCAAAUCUCAUGAGAUUUCAACAAAAAAGCGUGGAAACGCCUUGGAACGAAAGCAUCGUCACUACCGUCAGCAUACUGGACCAUAGAGCCGUAGUUUCGUACACUCUAGAAAACAAGACUAGCUGGAUAUGCGCUAACGAUUUAAAAAUCUUCGACUGGUUUUCAAUUUUUCGCCUCAUGAUGAUUUCCACUGAAUCUAAUCACACAGACGAUAACUGUACCGGCCGUAUAUGGACAGUACCAUACGAAGGACAGAGGGUAUUUAUAUGUUUAAGAGGAAAUCGAAUCGCUUACAUAAAGUAUGAUAACAAAGUUGCUGAGCCUCAAGAAUGGGUGGUCCCCUCCCGAUCUUCCAUCAAACUGCCCAAGGAUGCACCCGAGUGUAGAGUAAAAUACCCACAGGUGUCUUCAUUCAGCAUACUAGAACAGGGUAGUGCUAAUUCAACUAGAAACCAAUAUGAUAAUAGAAAAGGUGAAGUACUUUUGGGUCAACCAGAAAUAUUUGCUAGAAGUACAAAACCAGACUGUCUAUUUGUUCACGGAAUUGGUGUAGAGACGCCAAAAAGUGGAUUCAGAACUCUCACUAGCUUACACUACUGGGGCCACAUCGAAAAAUACACCCCACAGUGUAUAUCGCACAAGUUUAUUGAGUUCAACACAGUCGACAAUGGCUGGGACUCUAAAGUUUUACAUGAAAUGUUCUGCGAGUUUGCCACUGGCUCAAAGUCAGGAGGAAUCAUUGUCAACAAGCUAAUUAUUUCCCACUCCAUGGGAAACAACAUCAUUGCGGCAGCGCUUCACAGCAAAAACUGUAUAUUGGACAAGGCGUCCAGUCAAUGGUUCUCCGUGUCUGCACCCUGGCGUGGAAGCAAGGUGGUGGACACGCUCGAAACUCUCUGCUCUGGUUACUUAAGAUAUAAGCCUCUCGGGAAAAUGGUGGCAUAUAUAUUAAAGCACACAAAGUUUUGCACAGAGGACGGCAACAUGUCUCCGGCCUACGCCACACUGGAGCCCACCUACAAGUCCAAAACAGGUAUCACUUACGACGAUCUUGUGUCCAUAGCUAAACAGUAUGUAAACGGGGCGUUGUGUGGCACAUCGCCAUGGGGUAUCGGCCUGAAUCUACCAUUCAGCGGGGCUUUGGAGUUCAUACAAGAUUACAGUAAACUCGAGAAGCCAAACGACGGGGUAGUGGCACGAAAAAGCUGUGACAUUUUUGGCGGAAAAUUUCAAAACUCCUCCCAUAACAAAUUCUUUCUGGCCUCCGUAAAUCAUGGUGAGAGUUCUACCAAAUUUGGCUGUUCUGUGAAUCUUUGUUCGUGGUUUAGACACUUGUAAAGAGGGCUUCACUGUACAAGUGUGUUUAGAUAAGUUAAAGCUACUUUGAUAAUUUAUUCUUAUUUACAUAUCUGUAUUAUCUUUUAGAUUUUGCAAUAAGUGUACACACAGGCACCGAUCACUUUUCAAAUUUGAUUAUAGACACAACGGACGUUUUGUCCAUGUACAGCUACACCAAAUAUUCUGGUGACAUGAAUUGGCGAUUUCCUAACUUGGCUAUUUUUCAAAUAAAUCUUGGCAAAAAUGACUUCUUACACAGGAUAACUUAAUGUCUAUAUUGUCACAUUGAUCUAAGUUCCUUAAAAAUGUAUAGUAAAUACAUUGUACAUAUAUGUGAAUUUCUAAUUUGUUGUCUAUUUGUUUCAGUGUUUUUGAAAAGUUCGUGUUCAUGUAAUAACAAACAAUACAUAUUAUUAUGUUCAAACAACAAACGCAAAUUAACUGAUAUAUGUAUUCUGAGUUUUAGACACACAUUAUUUAUAUAGAGUAUUAAGCGUUUAUGAGGAAUACAGAAUCAAAGGGAAGUUUGAAUGGAUAGUAUAUGUUGUAUGUUACGGAGAUUCAAUUUUGUAUAUGUGUUUUCAAUACCUUUUUUUGUGGUAUUUGAUGUUU